UGGGCCCGCAAUCGCAAAUCAGUUAGCAUCAUGAAGCAAAUAUAACACUCGAGUGUAAGAUUACAAAUGCCAACGUCUAGUGAUACCGAAUGUAUUACUUGAGAAAGCAGCCGACCAAUGGAAUGCAGUUAGUACGAAUGAAGAUCUUCGUGAAUUGGUCUGGUGAUAUGUUGUGCACCAGUGAACCCUGCCAUGGCUGUUUGUAUCGUGGCGCUUAUACUGAAAUCAGCAUGGAGGCCCAUGUAUGGAUUCAGAGUUCUCGUGCGUGGACUGCGGCAAGAAGUUCAACGGUCCUAUACCCUACAUGGGCCCCCUGCGCAGUUCGAAGCACCUGGAGAAGGCCACCCAGGCGAUACAAGGCGAGUAUGCACGUGGCAGGAGCGACUUGGUUGACGGAAGCUGCCUGGUGCCGAAGCGUGGCAUGCCCAUCAUGUGCCACCUAUGCAACGUGCCAUUGAACUCCCCAGCUCUAUUGGAAAUCCACAACAAGGGCAAGAGUCACGUGCGGAAGCUCAAGAACGAAGAGUUCCGGCGUCAAAUCGCGGCCGCAGUAGAUGCGGGACCCUCGCAGGCCGGACCGUCGUUUGCUUGCACGCAAACUUCGCGGGCCACUCCUUCCGCAUCCACUUCGUCGAGCCGGUCGACGACUGAGCAGGCAGCUCCGGACCCGUCCUGCAGCCUUUACGGCAUUGCGCUCUUCAUGAGCUUGAAGCGCAAGGCUCUCCACAUGAGCACCUGGGACCACCUCAUCAACGUCCGCGAGGACACCGCUGAUGCCACUGGAUUCCCCGGUCAGUGAGGAGGAUCUCCAUCAAUGAUGGUCACUAAGACGAGCGGUCGAGCCUUGGAGAGACGGUUUGGGCAGUUACAAAGUCCAAUUAUCGAUGAUUCCAUUGAUGGACAACCUUAAGGAUUCUGCGCAGCGGCACACAACAAUAA